CCCUACAACACAACACUCGCAGAGAGCAUAAACAACGAGCCUCUCUCUGCACAAACACAUCGAAAUCGCCUCCGUAGUUCAACGAUGCCAAAGUCUAAGAGAAACAAACAAGUUACACUUUCAAAGACAACGAAAAAAGGAAGAGGUCACAAAGAAUUGAUAGUGAAUGCAAUAAGAGAUGCAGCUGAAAAUUACAAUUCAGUUUAUGUGUUUUCUUUUGAGAAUAUGAGGAACCAGAAAUUGAAAGAGUUUAGAGAUCAACUACAAAAAAGUAGUAGGUUUUUUCUUGGAUCCAAUAAAGUAAUGCAAGUUGCUCUUGGUCGUUCUCCUUCUGAUGAAAUCAAACCUAAUCUUCAUAAGGUUUCAAAGCUAUUGCGUGGAAAUGCUGGGAUGGUUUUUACCAAUCUUUCUAGAGAAGAAAUUGAAAGGCUGUUUAAUGAAUUUGAGGGAUACGACUUUGCAAGAACAGGAAGCAUUGCCACUGAAAAGGUGGAACUCAAAGAGGGUCCUUUAGAGCAUUUCACCCAUGAGAUGGAACCUUUUCUCCGGAAGCAAGGCAUGCCUGUUCGGUUAAAUAAAGGAGUUGUUGAGCUUGUUUCUGACUAUGUUGUUUGUGAGGAGGGAAAGCCUUUAUCACCUGAAGCAUCUCGCAUACUGCGUUUGAUGGGAGUCAUGAUGGCUACAUUUCGACUGCACCUGGUUUGCAGAUGGAGUUCUGAUGAUUUUGAACUCUUAAUUGACGGGCCUGGUGAUUCAGAUGUUGAAUGAUGAUAGUAAAUGAGUUAGAAUGUUGAAGAUGACAAGACAUAGUGUGAUUCAAUUUACAUUGGAGGCGACCUUGAUGUAGUGAUACAGUACUAUGCAGUAUUGGAGUUUUUCAUAUAAUGUAUUUUUAGAAGAGUUGGUGAAUGUAUUAUUUUUAGCGUAUUAUUUUUAGCAAGGAAAAGACAUGUAUUGUUCGUAACUUACAACUGAAAUUUUGUGAACAAGAAAUAUUUUUGCUAUCAAUAUUCAAUUUAUAUUAUCAAA